AUGAACUACGUCGGUCAAUUGGCUGGCCAGGUUCUGGUGACAGUCAAGGAACUGUACAAAGGCAUCAACCAGGCUACACUAUCGGGCUGUAUCGACGUGGUAGUGGUGCGACAGCCCAACGGAUCCUUCCAGUGUUCGCCCUUCCAUGUGCGAUUCGGAAAACUGGGAGUUCUGCGCUCCAGAGAGAAAGUGAUUGACAUAGAAAUAAAUGGAGAACCAGUGGAGCUGCAGAUGAAGCUGGGAGACAACGGUGAGGCUUUUUUUGUCCAGGAAAUGGAACAAUUAGAUGAGACUGUUCCUGCCCAUCUGGCAACUUCUCCCAUCCCCACAGAUGAUGCCAUAAUAAAGAAGCAAGAGCCCGAAUGCAGGCAAAGUCAUCCCCUGAAGGCCCCAGAAGAAGGUUCCAUUGCAGGAGGGAAGAAGAGAAAACGGCGGCGGCGUAAGCACAAGGCCGAGCCCCGAAAAGAGGAGCAGAGCCAGUCAGUAGGAGGCGAACUGGAGCUUCCUGGCCUCAGCUCGGACGAGGAGAUGACUUCACAUAGCAUGGUUUCAUCGAUGACGAAGGACAGCAUAGAUCACUUCCAAAAUUCCCCUGCCACCUGCCUCGAAUGGGACAGCUACCCUUUCUCUGAUGGCGACUGGUCCCCCUACACUGAAAGGGUAAUGUCUGAGCCUGAGCCGGCGUCGCCCAACAGCGACUCGGAAUUGAUGGUGAAGACAACAGAGAGCAUGCUCAGAGCCGACGCCCACAUGCAGUGGAGCUGGGGAGAGUUCCCGGAAUCCACCAGGGUAACCAAAAAGGACCAGUCCUUACCAAAGGUGCUGACAAUCACCCCUUCAGAAAGCACACAUUUCCGGGUCAUCUCCAGCCCGGAGGAGCGAGCCGAGGAUCCCCUAUGCAGCAUUGUGAAACCCCAACCCCAGAAUGUCGAAACGAGAACCUCAGACCUCAGUGAAAAAGCUAUUCGCAAGACAAGAUGGAAAUCUUCUCCGCCUAGCCGCAGGGACUCCAAUACCAAGGCUGCAGAUAUUGCUGUGAAGAGAAAAGGUGUAAGGAAAAGGAGUCAGCAUCAGGGCCCAGAAGAUAUAUACCUAGAUGACCUGAACUUACUUGAACCAGAUGUUGUCGCACUCUACUUCCCCAAGAGCGAGUCAGGGCCGGUUACCAAGCACUGGGCAGAAACAGCUGCGACAGGGGGCACACACUCGGGUUCGCAGUCACCCCAGUCGGUGGGCAGCAGCAGCAGUGGCGGCGGGAGUCUUGGAGAUAGCGGUACCGAGUGUCUUUCUGACUUGGCCGCCGACUUGCCUGACGUUACAUUGUCGCUCUGCGGAGGUGGUGGUGGUGAUGACUCUGAGAUCGACAGCGAAAAAUUCCUGGAGUACAUCAUCAGUUAUCAUGAAUUUGCAGAAAACCCUGCAAUGAUUGAUAAUCCUAAUUUGGUGGUUCGGAUUGGACACAGAUAUUACAACUGGACUCUGGCGGCACCACUCAUACUCAGCAUGCAGGCUUUUCAAAAGAACCUCCCAAAGGCCACAGAAGAAGCCUGGGUGAAGGACAGGAUGCCUAAGAAGUCUGGGAGAUGGUGGUUUUGGAGAAAGAGCAGCGUGAAGCAGUUAUCCACAGAGAGCAAGCUGGAGUUACAGGAGAGUUUGACCGAUGAGAAUCCAGCGCUCAACAAAGGACCUCAACAGAAAACCUCAGAGUGGUCGAGUGACGAUGAAACCAAAGAACUCAAGGCCAUGUUUGCCCCCAGCCCUGCCUACAGGAAGUCCCUGCGCCUGUCGUCCGAGCAAAUCGAGGGUUUGAAGUUGAGGGAUGGCCCCAACGAUGUGACGUUCAGUAUCACUACUCAGUACCAAGGAACGUGUCGCUGCCAGGGAACUAUCUACCUGUGGGACUGGGAUGACCAAGUCGUCAUCUCGGACAUCGAUGGCACUAUUACUAAGUCUGAUGUUUUUGGUCACAUCCUUCCUCAGCUUGGCAAAGACUGGACCCAUGAAGGAAUUGCCAAGCUUUACCACUCUGUGCACCAGAAUGGUUACAAGUUCCUGUACUGUUCUGCACGAGCCAUCGGUAUGGCGGACAUGACACGAGGGUACCUUCAGAGGGUCAACGACGGAGGCACUCUGCUGCCUCGAGGGCCACUUAUGCUAGCACCUAGUAGUCUUUUCUCAGCCUUCCACAGAGAGAUGAUCGAAAAGAAACCUGAGAAAUUUAAGGUGGAAUGCCUCUCAGACAUCAGGAAGCUUUUCACCACCAACAUGAAUCCAUUCUAUGCCGCUUUUGGCAACAGAGAGAGCGACGUGUUAGCUUACCGCCAAGCGGGCAUAUCCGUAUGCCGCAUCUUCACGGUGAACCCCAAAGGCGAGCUAAUUCUAGAGCAGGCUAAAGGGAACAAAACAUCAUACACACGUCUGAGCGAGCUAGUAGAGCACGUCUUCCCUCUGCGUAGCCGACAGCACGCCGCUGCCUUCUGUUGCCCCGACUUUAGCGCCUUCUCGUACUGGAGACAACCUAUUACGCACGCCUGUUUGGAGGACCUGCUUUAA